AGUCACAUAUUGGCUUACACGCACACACCUUAUCUCCCACACACGCACAGCUCUUUUCUUCGCUUUCUUCAGAAAAUGGAGCACCAGACACCACCAGAACCGAGAAACAACACAUAGCCCAACGCUGACGCGACCAAUCCAUAGCUCUCUCUCAUCUCAAAGCCAAAUCCUUUACCUGUCCCUUUCCUUCUUCUCAUUUAAACUUCUGUUAUACAAUUCAUUCUUCUCUUCUAUUUUUAGCUCAACAAUGGCGACACCCUUGUAUAAGCCGCCUCUGGUCAAUCAGUACCCGUCUGUUUCACCUCUCUGCACCGACUGUUCUCGUGUUCUCCACGACUUCUGCCGUAAACCUCAACUGGGUCAGUCCAUUUUCGCUCCGAAAUUCAGUCAAGCCUUCCUCUUUCAUCCCAAAACGUCGAAUCUCGGAAGUAGUAAAAGGCAUCAUCAAAUGCGAGCAUUUGCUUCGUUGGGAGGACUCUUAGGUGGGAUUUUCAAAGGGACUGACACUGGGGAGUCCACCAGGCAGCAGUACGCUUCUAUUGUCACUGCAACUAACAGGUUCGAAGCUGAGGUGUCGGCUUUGUCUGAUUCGGAGCUGAGAGAGAAGACUUCUGCUUUCAAAGAACGAGCUCAGCGGGGCGAGUCUUUGGAUUCUCUUUUGCCUGAAGCUUUUGCUGUUGUAAGAGAGGCUUCCAAACGAGUGUUAGGCCUUCGUCCCUUUGAUGUCCAAUUAAUAGGUGGCAUGGUUCUUCACAAGGGAGAAAUAGCUGAAAUGAAAACUGGUGAAGGAAAGACCCUGGUAGCUAUUUUACCAGCUUAUUUGAAUGCAUUAACCGGAAAAGGAGUUCAUGUUGUCACUGUCAAUGAUUAUCUGGCUCGAAGAGAUUGUGAGUGGGUUGGUCAGGUUCCUCGCUUUCUUGGAUUGAAGGUUGGCCUAAUUCAACAGAACAUGACUAGUGAGCAAAGAAGAGAAAAUUACUUGUGUGACAUCACAUAUGUCACCAAUAGUGAGCUGGGUUUCGAUUUCUUGAGGGACAAUCUUGCCACGAGUGUUGAGGAGCUUGUCUUGAGGAAUUUUAAUUACUGUAUAAUUGAUGAAGUUGAUUCUAUCCUUAUUGAUGAGGCAAGAACACCUCUCAUCAUAUCUGGACCGGCAGAAAAACCUAGCGAUCGUUAUUAUAAAGCUGCAAAGAUAGCUACAGCCUUUGAGCGAGAUGUACAUUACACUGUCGACGAAAAGCAAAAAACAGUUCUACUUACAGAGCAGGGUUAUGAAGAUGCUGAAGAGAUUCUGGAUGUAAAAGAUUUAUAUGAUCCCCGAGAACAAUGGGCAUCAUAUGUUCUAAAUGCAAUUAAAGCAAAGGAAUUAUUUCUUAAAGAUGUAAACUAUAUCAUCCGCGGCAAAGAAGUUCUUAUUGUGGAUGAAUUUACUGGUAGAGUUAUGCAGGGGAGGCGAUGGAGUGACGGGCUCCACCAGGCAGUUGAAGCAAAAGAAGGUUUGCCCAUCCAGAAUGAAACCAUUACACUGGCUUCAAUUAGUUACCAGAACUUCUUUCUCCAGUUCCCAAAACUUUGUGGAAUGACUGGCACUGCAGCAACUGAAAGCACUGAAUUCGAAAGCAUAUACAAGCUAAAAGUUUCAGUAGUUCCUACAAAUAAACCUAUGAUGAGAAAGGACGAGUCUGAUGUAGUUUUUAGAGCAACAUCGGGAAAAUGGAGAGCUGUUGUGGUAGAGAUUUCUAGAAUGUACAAGACAGGUCGCCCUGUGCUUGUUGGCACAACAAGUGUUGAGCAGAGUGACUCGUUGUCUGAGCAGUUGAAAGAAUCCGGAAUUCCCCAUGAGGUUCUAAAUGCAAAACCAGAAAAUGUGGAAAGAGAAGCAGAGAUUGUUGCGCAGAGUGGUCGACUAGGAGCAGUGACAAUCGCUACCAAUAUGGCAGGUCGUGGAACGGACAUAAUCCUAGGUGGUAAUGCAGAAUUUAUGGCAAGGUUGAAGCUACGGGAGAUGCUAAUGCCAAGUAUUGUUAAACCAAUUGAGGGUGUUGUAUCAAUAAAGAAACUUCCUCCUAAGAAGACAUGGAAGGUUGAUGAAAAGCUAUUUCCAUGCGACCUAUCCAAGGAGAAUGUGAAGUUGGCCGAAGAAGCUGUAAAAUUAGCUGUACAAACAUGGGGCAAAGGAUCGUUGACCGAGCUUGAAGCGGAGGAGCGUCUAUCUUAUUCCUGCGAAAAGGGCCCUGCUCAGGAUGAAGUCAUAGCCAAGCUGAGGAAUGCCUUUAAGGAAAUUGUAAAAGAAUAUAAGAUCUACACCGUGGAAGAAAGGAAUAAGGUUGUUUCAGCUGGUGGACUUCAUGUAGUAGGUACAGAACGCCAUGAAUCUCGCCGGAUUGACAAUCAGUUGCGGGGUCGAAGUGGCCGGCAAGGAGAUCCUGGAAGUUCGCGCUUCUUCUUGAGUCUUGAAGACAACCUCUUUCGUGUAUUUGGUGGAGAUCGAAUUCAGGGUUUAAUGAGAGCCUUUAGAGUUGAAGACCUGCCAAUCGAGUCCAAAAUGCUAACCAAAUCACUAGAUGAAGCUCAGCGAAAAGUCGAAAAUUACUUUUUUGAUAUUCGUAAGCAAUUAUUUGAAUUUGAUGAAGUAUUGAAUAGCCAAAGAGACCGCUUAUAUACUGAGAGAAGGAGAGCCCUCGAAUCUGAUGACCUCCAAUCUCUUAUCAUGGAAUAUGCUGAAUUGACAAUGGAUGACAUCUUAGAGGCAAAUAUAGGUCCGGAUACUCCAAAGGAAAGCUGGGAUCUUGAGAAGCUCAUUGCCAAACUUCAGCAGUAUUGUUAUCUUUUGGAUGAUUUGACACCAGAUUUGCUCAAGAGUAAUGGUUCAAGUUAUGAGGAGUUGCAAGAUUACCUUCGUCUUCGUGGUCGUGAAGCAUAUUUGAAGAAAAAGGAGAUAGUGGACAAUCAAGCACCGGGUUUGAUGAAGGAAGCUGAAAGAUUCUUGGUCUUGAGCAAUAUCGAUCGCCUGUGGAAAGAACAUCUACAAGCGCUUAAGUUCGUACAACAAGCUGUAAGUUUGCGUGGAUAUGCUCAGCGGGAUCCACUUAUUGAAUACAAGCUCGAAGGCUACAAUCUCUUCUUAGAAAUGAUGGGUCAAUUGAGAAGAAAUGUUAUCUAUUCCAUUUAUCAGUUUCAACCAAUGAUGGUAAAGAAGAAUGAUGGUGAUAAUGAUGAUAAUCAAAAGCCAAAGAAUAAGAAGUCCGGCAAAGUGGUGACCAAUGGUAGGGCUAAUGAAAAUGUUGGGUCAUCUUCUGCGGCUGCUAGCCCUCAAGCCAGCGCAUAAAGUCGAUGAUCCAUUCCUUCACUGUCAUAUUCUUCAGUAAAUGUAUAGGGACAAAAUGAUAUUCAUCAUGUUUUCUUGCAACUUCUGUAAACCAGGCAAAUUUGUCUAUAACAGAGCAGAACAAAAUUAAUAGAUUGGAGACAAAAGGUUACAUACUUUGGCAACAA